AUGGCUUGCAAAGGCUUUCUACUGGUGACACUUGCCUGGGUAAUUUUGGCCCUGUUCAAAGUGACUGGUGCCACAAAAACAAGACGUCAGACCGACUGUGAAGGGGAGAGCGGGCGCUUUAAGACCAGGCGUACCUUUGUGUACAACUAUGAAGCUGUGACGGAAACAACCCUGGCAGCAGGAGGUAGCCGCUUCUGGUCCAAGUUGUCUUGUAAACUACAGAUCAACUCCCCGGUAGGCUGCCUGCUGUCCAUGUCCGUCAGUGAGUGUACUUUUUCCUCGGUGGAACGGGAGACAAAGCCCGCCCAGGCCGACUGGCAACCCCUUCCGCACUCCCGGGAACUCGCGCAGGAGCUGGAGAAGUCCCCCCUCUACUUCCGACAGGAGAAUGGUCUUAUUACCAGACUGUACCCGCUGGCUGACGAUGCUGCUUAUCUAGUGAACAUCAAGCGGGGGAUGCUGUCCCCUUUACAGCUGCGAGUGAAGGAGGGAUAUGUACCAGACUCUGAGUCAUACAGCUACCUUGGUGCACACGGCCAGUGUAACGCUGACUACAGAGUAACAGAGCGCAACUCUGAUGACGUCCCGACCAAGAUGGCGAUCAGCAAGAACCUGGCUGAUUGUGUGCAGCCCACAUCGGACGAAGAAAACAAUAUUCCUAGCGGAGCGACACAGGAGUGCGAGUACACGCUCAAAUCCUCUGGCUCGGGCAUGAUUGAUCACGUGACGUGUCGGGAGACGUUCCCAGCUCGUUCCCAGGAUGGUGACUCUGCCAGGUCUUCAGUCAUCGUCCAGAAACACAGACUCCUGCACGUCAAGUCUCUACCCAGCUCAGUCACCAUAAACCUCGAUGGCACAAGGGUAUCUGACCUGGCCUAUGAAGAGGGUGGAGGGACCCCAUACGAGGAAGCCCUAGACUCUCUCGGAGAAGAAUACUCAGACGAAGAGUGUCGUGUGAAAGUCGGGAUUGAAUCGGGCUUUAUCCUGGACACACAGCUGUCUGCGUCAUCCUCGUACGACAACACGACAGGUCCCGAAAAUGGCCGAAUCGGUAUGCCAUCGGCUUGGGUUCCCAACGUCCAGAACAAACGACAGUGGUUUCAGGUGGACUUCCGGAAACGGCGAGUGCUGACGGGAAUCACUACUCAGGGACGUGGUAACUUCAACCAAUGGGUGACAAGGUACAAAGUAGAGCAUCGGAAAGACGACACCUCUGAUUGGACCACAGUGACAAAUGAGGACGGCCAGGAAAUGGUUUUUGAGGGAAACUCUGAUGACGUGACCCCGGUGACGCGGUCCCUGCCUCAGCGCAUCAACACACAGUUCGUGAGGAUCCGACCAAAGAGUUGGCACGGCGGCAUCGCUCUAAGACUGGAGAUUCUGGCUUGUCCUAGAGAUACUAACUGCACAGAAGCGUUUGCUGGAGGAAUGCAGUCCUGCUACGUCAGGCGCACGGAAGAGGCUGGAACCACAGAUGAUGAUGAUGAUGAUGACGAUACCAAAGGAACUGAUGACUUCUGCAGGACAGAGAAGUGGCUGUACGACUGUUUUGAGGACGCCCUGCUCGGGUCGAACUGUCCGGACGACCAGGAGGCAGACCUGAGGAGCCGGUACAUCGCCACCGGGGCUGAGCUGGUGGAGAUGAUGUGCACCGAACCGACUGAUGAUGAUGAAGACUAACACGUUUGUUCAAAGUUGCAUUCAUCAUCAUCAUCAUCAUCAUUCAUUCUCCGAAGAUGUUGAGCGGACAAAGUUUGAUCUCCAGAACUGCUUGUCGUCAUUGCUGAAAUAAGUUCCAGCCCCUCCAAGCCUGUUUCAGUUUCUAUAAGGUCCCUAAGUGUUAUGUUUGGACGUCCAAUCCUUCUCUUCGUGUCAGGGUUCCAAAGUAGAAGCCUACUGGUUGGUUCUGUGCUACAUACAACA